CUGUUCCACCUUUCAAUUAACACAAACACACCUCUCUCUCUUUCUCUCUCUCUCUCUCUCUCUCUGUGGAUGUGUUCAAAAAUGGAGUUCGGAAGUGUAUUGCAAUUUCUUGAAAACAAGAAUAUUUUGGUCACUGGUGCAACUGGGUUUUUAGCAAAGAUUUUUGUGGAGAAGAUAUUAAGAGAGCAACCAAAUGUGAAGAAGUUGUAUCUUCUUCUAAGAGCUGCAGAUGCUAAGUCUGCCUCUCAAAGAUUACACAAUGAGGUUAUAGGAAAGGACUUGUUUAGACUAGUAAAAGAAAAGUGGGGAGCAAAUAUGAAUUCUUUCAUCUCUGAAAAAAUAGUUCUUGUCCCUGGAGAUAUAUCUUAUGGUGAUGAGCUUGGAGUAAAAGAUUCCCAUUUGAAGGAGGAGAUGUGGAGAGAAUUGGAUGUAAUUGUUAAUUUAGCAGCUACAACCAACUUUGAUGAAAGAUAUGAUCUUGCCCUUGGUGUCAACACAUUGGGAGCUAAGCAUGUCUUAUGCUUUGCCAAAAAAUGUAUUAAACUCAAAGUUCUUGUCCACGUAUCAACUGCAUAUGUUUCUGGGGAGAAGGCAGGAUUGAUACUAGAGACACCUUAUAAAAUGGGUAAGACACUUAAUGGCGUCUCUGGAUUAGACAUUGAUGAAGAAAAGAAACUUAUCGAUGAAAAAUUAAAUGAACUGCAAGCUCAAGGAGCCACUGAUGAAGCUAUCAAAGAGGCCAUGAAAGAUAUGGGCAUUCAAAGGGCAAAGGUCUAUGGAUGGCCCAACACAUAUGUAUUUACGAAAGCAAUGGGAGAGAUGGUUGUAGGACACUUGAAGGGUAACUUGUCUGUAGUUAUCUUACGUCCCACCAUUGUAACCAGUACUUAUAAAGAGCCUUUCCCUGGUUGGGUUGAAGGAGUUAGAACAAUUGAUGGUUUGGCAGUUGGUUAUGGAAAAGGAAGAUUGACUUGCUUUCUUGGUGACAUUAAUGGAAUUGUUGAUGUGAUACCAGCUGAUAUGGUGGUGAAUGCAAUAAUAGUAUCAAUGGUGGCUCAUGUAAAUGAAUUAUCAGAUGAAUCAAUAAUCUACCAAGUGGGUUCCUCAGUAAGACAUCCUGUUAGGUAUACUAAUCUUCAAGAUUAUGGUUUAACUUACUUUACCAACAAACCUUGGAUUGGUAAGGAUGGCAAACCUGUCAAGGUCGGAAGAGUUAAGGUCUUAGAUAGCAUGAAUAGCUUCCGCCGAUACAUGGCGUUGCGCUAUUUACUACUGCUAAAGGGACUAGAAUUGGCAAAUGUAGCAUUUUGCCAUUAUUUUGAUGGCAUGUAUAGUGAUCUCAAUAGGAAGAUCAAAUUUGUGAUGAGAUUGGUGGAGCUUUACAAGCCAUACUUGUUCUUCCAGGGAGUAUUUGAUGACAUGAACACAGAAAAAUUGCGAAUGGCAGCUAGAGAGAACAAUAUAGAGACAGAUAUGUUCUACUUCGAUCCAAAAUCCAUUGAGUGGGAUGAUUAUUUUAUUAAUAUUCACAUCCCUGGUGUGGUAAAAUAUGUUUUUAAAUGAUUAUUUUACUUGAAAAAAUUAGAAUUUACAUAUAAUUAAAGUUGUUUGUUAUGCAAGAUAUUAAAUUGUAUUUGCAUUCAUUUCAAAAAUGUGUAUUUAAUUUUUUAGAAAAAUUAGAAUAUAUGAUCA